AUGGCCACACAUCUUCUCGGCCAACCACAACAGCUCACACCGCAGCAGAUCAUGAACGUUUUUCUAUUUUCAAUCGAGGAACAAAGGAUAAAUGCUCACGAAGAUUUCAUGAAAUUGUUCGAUCGUGGUGCUCUAUCAGUAGACGCGGAUAAAGACUCAUUAAAACGACCUCUACCAGCAGCUUUCACACAAUUCGACCCAGCCAGCAAACGUCCGCUGCCGAUCAUACCUCAACAAAUGCAGAACAAUAUGCUCACACAUCAACAAUUAAUGCAGCAAGCGGCUAUUCAAGCAGCGAUGCAAGCACGUACAAUGCCAUCCACAGCGCAAAACUCCUACCUCUCCGCGCCUCCGCAUUUACGAACUCUUGACGGAACCACCCAACAACAGUUACGUACGCUAGACGCAGCGCAACAGUUACGACCUCUCGAUACGACCGCCGCCGCGCAACAAAUGCGACAGAUGGAGAAUCAAGCGGCGGCAGCGGCCGCUGCACAACAAUAUCGAGCGCAUGAUCCAGCCGUAGCGCAACAACUGCAAAGGCAAUUACCGCCACAUAUGCUACAAAAUCAGGCUGCUCUACAGAUGCGAAAUCAACAGAUGACCGUACAAGAAUACCAUAAUCUAUUACGACUUGCACAACCGACUGCAAUUCCACAACGACGGCAGACCAUUCCAGGAAGCGCCAUUAGUCCACAGUUCCAGAUGACCUCCUCAGUGCCUCGUCUUCAACGUCCAGCGGCGACGAUGGCUCCGUCUUUGCCGUCACCGCUACAAUUCUCGCAUCAAAUGGCUCAGCCUCUUUCCUCGCUAGCACCGCCGAUGUCACUCGCCGCCCCGAUUCCAUUGGCACAAUCGAACCUACUGGCACAACAAUUAAUGUCAAACGCUAUGCGUGCCACCGCUCCCACUAUGGUCCCACCAAAUAUCAGCGUGACCGCGGUCAGUCAACCGCAAAACGCAUCAGCGGCGAUGAACGCCCAAGCGCCGCCCACCUCCACAAAUCUGUCAUCAUCCACUGGAGGCAUGGAUGAUGCCGAAUUCCUUGCAUUCCUCGAAAAUGUACGUCAAAUUGAAGCGCAUCUUACGCGUACGUUGGCUGAAAGCAUACAGCGCUCAACGUCGACUGCGCAACAACAAACCCAAUAA